GUCUGCUUACAACUGGCUCUCGACGAAUAUAAGUAACAACGCGGAAAGCGAAGAGAUACAAGCCCAAUUCGCGUUGUUAAAGGACAAAGCCAGUGAGAUCGAAGAACUCAACGACAAAUUGCAACAGUUGCAGCUCAGCAGAGAGGGAACGACGGAACAAGAACUCGACGAGGAAAUUUCGGCAUGCGAUGAAUAUCGUCUCAAAUAUCAUCGCAUUAAACCACGAGUCUUGAGUCUUACGCAACCGGUUCCAAUCAUUAAAUUCAGCGGAGAACUACGCGAGUGGCUACAAUUCUGGAGCCUCUUCAAGAACAUCCACGAGGAUCGACAGAUUACUAAGGAGGAUAAAUUCCAAUAUUUAUUCCAGGCCAUGGUGAAAGACUCAAGGGCUGGUGAUCUCGUGAAUAGUUAUCCACCGAUCGCUGAAAACUACGAAAAAGUGAUCAAGAGUUUAAAAUCAAGAUUUGGUAAAAAUGAACUGUUGAUUGAGUUAUACGUGCACGAGCUGCUUAAGUUGGUAUUGAACAACAGUGCAAAAUCGGGAAAGCAGCAAUCCGUCGGUAACCUCUAUGAUAAACUCGAAACGCAAUUGAGGGCGCUCGAGUCGCUUGGUGUUACAACAGAGAUGUGCGCUGCGAUGUUAUACCCACUGGUGGAAUCUUCUUUACCAGAAGAAACGUUGAGAGUUUGA